ACACACUAUCUUUCCUCUGUAUUUUCAUAACCGCACCGUAUCGAACCGUAUCAUGGUCUCUACGUUUCUUCGACCCUCACCGACACCGCACUUUGUAUUCUCCGGCAAGAGCUCGGCUCCGCCCCCGUCGUGCGUCAGGUUCCGGCCGCCGCCCGUAUCCGCCGCGUACGCCUCGGCGGAGAGAACGAGGUCUACGUACCUCGACCCUCCCAAGCUCUCCGCCCCGUGCGCGUCCUUCUAUGAAGUACUCGGGAUUCCGAUCGGCUCCACCGCUCAGGACAUCAAGGCGGCGUACAGGAGGCUCGCGAGGAUCUGCCACCCCGACGUGGCGGCUGAUCACCGGAAGGACUCGUCGGCCGACGAGUUCAUGAGGAUUCACUCCGCGUAUCUGACGCUGUCCGAUCCGGAGAAGCGAGCCGUCUACGAUCAGAAGCUCUUCCGGCAGUACCGGCCGAUCGGUGCGUAUGCCGGAAUUUCAGCUUCUCCGGGGAAAUCGAGGUCCGGAUUUUCCGGUUUCACCCGCCGGAAUUGGGAAACGGAUCAGUGCUGGUAGCGAGUUGAGUUAACUCAGUGACUCACCUUCUAAAGUUAUAUAGAGUGAUGAUGUAUUUGUAUAUAUAUAUUGGAAAUAUGUAUUGUAUAAGUGAAGAGAGUACUAACACGAAUUAGCAGAGAUGAGCUUUUUCUGGGAUCAAUCAUCGCCGCUGAUUUUAUGGGCGGCGUUAUAGCCUUAUAGGGUGUUGAUUUUCCAGUCUCAAUCAUAGCCGUUGAAUGCUAUCAGAUGAUCAUGUAAUCGCGCCAAGAAGGGUGUUCAAACACCAUUGUAACUGUAGUUGUUUGGAAAUUAGAAUGGGAAUUUUUGUUCUUCCUAUUUUUCCUAA